GUUUGCGAAAGGAGAAACAGAAAAGAGAAAACCCAGAGUGGUCAGGUUCAGAAGCCGACGAGGCAGCCGUUGCAUGCAUCGAUCUCAACUUCUCUCAAGUUCAGAAGCGGCCGAAAUGUCCGCGGACACGUACGUACACAGUACACGACAAGCCGGCCGGGCCUCCUGUGACAACGGUGGUGGGUUACACCGUUUGCGGGGCCUUGCGGCCACCACAUGCAUGUGCCGCCUGCCGCGCAGAAGCAAUCUAUGGCAAACCGCCCGGCCGACCGGCCGUGCUACCGAUUCAUCAUAAGCCUGGAGUCCCUGGACCUUGUUGUAAGCUCGCGCGUGACCACGGAAGUAUCUAGAAGCGGCCAUUCAUCGUCACGGGCGAGCUCACAGGUAACAAGGUAGGAGGAGAACAAGCUUUCAUCAACAGAUUUUGAUGAACUAUUGAAAAAUCUGUAGUGCAGUAUAUACAGCAAUCAAUCAUGGACCGUAUGUUCGACGAUCUCUCGUCAGCAACGAUUCUUUCAGGUUUCUUCACAGAAUCAAAUCCGUGAAAGUCUUGGUGGCCUUUGUGAUAACCAAAACAAACCCGCAUUUGCAUAAACAAACAAGCCAUGAUCGAAACGAUGUCUCGAGAUGUCAAAAAUGUGGACAAAAAUACCAUCAAUAUGGCUACUACAGUUGCUCCCACCCACGGUCACGGGUGCCAGAGACAAACACUACACUAUCAGCCACCGCAUAUAACUGCUUCCUCCAAUCCCAAACCACAAUUUCGUUGCAAACACAGCGACCAAUAGGAGAUCGAAGCCAUGAAGCUGCUCGUGGCUCUGCUCGUUUCCACCCUUCUCGUCCACUCGCUGCUCGCCGACGGCAGCCGCCGAGGGAAGGAGGCGGCAGCGGCGGCGCUCGGGUACAGCAACGCGACGGUGUACGACAUGUCCGUGGCGAAGUGCGCCGGGUGCGGCGCGCUGGGCGCGUGGGCGGAGUCGCUGGAGUUCCUCUACUACCACAACCUGGUGCGGCUGGCGCGGUGGGAGCUGCCGCUGGCGUGGUCGCCGCGGCUGGAGUCGUACGCGCGGUGGUGGGCGGCGCAGCGGCGCGGCGACUGCGCGCUGCGCCACUCGUUCCCGGAGGGGCAGUUCGCGCUCGGGGAGAACAUCUUCUGGGGCGGGGCCGGCGGCGCGUGGCGCCCCGGCGACGCCGUCAAGGACUGGGCCGCCGAGGGCGUCGACUACUCGUACGCCGCCAACGCGUGCGCGGCCGGGCGCGAGUGCGGCCACUACACCCAGAUCGUGUGGCGCGGCACCACCUCCGUCGGCUGCGCCCGCGUCGCCUGCGACGACGGCGGCGUCUUCAUGACCUGCAACUACUACCCGCCGGGUAACGUCGUCGGCGAGAGGCCGUACUGAAUGAGCAGUACACUAGGAUACCACAGAGUUUGUCAGGAUUGUCCUGGAUGGAAAUGAUGGAAUGAGAUGUGCAUGUACAGCUGCUGAAUAAAAGUUUCAGGAAUCAGGUGUGUGCAAUCUGCAUUUCUGAGUUACUGUCACUGUAAAUACACUCACUGGUGGUUAAGUUCUUAUACAUUUCGUUACAUCUAA